CUGCAAGCCACUGAUAUCGAAAAGCAAUUUCCGUUAUGAUUGCCACAGCUCCCUAAUCCCCGCAACGGAUGCACGCAAAUGAGGAGCCGAGGAAGAAGGCGUUGCCGGGACAACGGCGACAACAAGUAGUCCUGGCAACAGUCAUCAAUCAAAUGGAAGCAGUAAUAGAGCUCAGAGCAGGGAAGCAUAACCAAAUAAGUCCCAACGGAACCGAGUUAAAAGUAGAAAUUAGAACUAAAGAAACAAGAUGUUGUGGGGACUCAGUUCGGCUUUGGAUCUGUACGAGGAGUAUGUGAAGGCCUUUAAGAUCAAAGAUGAUCCGGAAGCAGAGGCAGGAGCCGGUGGAGAUAAUCCCCUAAACAUCCUGAUUUGCGGCGGAGCUGAUCCGCGUCAUGUGAUCAAGACCCUGGCCAAGAGAUACACCCAUCGUUUUCAGCCCAAACUCAACAUAUAUCUGCUGGAUGGAUGCGCCGAGAUUGCAGCCAGGAAUAUGCUGCUCCUGGGCGUGGCCCUAGAGGAUCCCGAGUCCUUUAGCCUGGUGUGCAAGGUGCACUUGUUCAUGGACCUCUAUGGCAAUGCGGUGAUUCGUCCCAGCUCGCAUCAUUACAUGGCCGCCAAGGGUCGCACUCUGCUCCAAAUGGUCACCGAUGAGGCCAAGCUGCAGCGUCUGGCUCCCAUGCUGAAUAUAGAGGGGCUCAAGUACAAGGAGCGUGAUGGCCUGGAAAUGGCCUUUACUUUCUGGCAGCCGCAUGAAUGGAACGUCUUCGAGGUGACCAAGUACUGGGAGCAGCGGUCGAGGGUUCUUCUGGGCACCCGAUACGAUCAUCGCGAAGGGGCCUUCGACUGGGACUUGAGCAUGACUUUGAAGGAUCGUGGAGGGCAGCAGAUCUGCUCCCAGGAGUACCGCUACUGGCGGGAAUCGGGUGUGGCCUUCGUUUUCCCCGAGUAUGAACAGUGCAAGCCGAACAAGACGCUGGCCGCUGGAUUGGUGCGCAAUGGACGCACCUUCCUUCAUCGUGGCUAUGUGGGCGACAUCCAGACGGGACCCUUUUGCGGCUUCGGACUGCGCACCUCGGAGGAGCGGAUGCAUCACUCGAUGCAUGGUGAUAAUGACUAUCGCGCCACCGACAUAACCGAACGCAAUCUCCUCGAAUUUUUCCAUGAGCUGCAGACCCAGAAGCCUUACGAGCACGAUCCCACGCGUUCGCGAAAAUAUGGUUCCGUUAAGCUGCUGAUGACACCGUUGCUAAACCACCAGGAAGUGGAUGCUGCGGGGCAGGCGUCGUACGAAAGACCCUGGAUCAAAGUGCCCGGGGUAACCGUGCACUACGUGUCGCCAUUGGAGAUGGUCCAGUUGCAGCAGGGCUCUGGUCGCUGGAACAGCAUGUUCGAUGUGGCCUUUAUGGCCUAUAAUUACUAUAGUUUCCUGAGCAAGGACUUCUUUCAGGCUCUGCGCCCGCAGGCUCUCUUCAUCCUAGAGACCAAGCUAAUGACCGUGGAGCGCAAGGAUCAUGUGGCCGAGUACGAGACCAAGGCCAAGGAGCUGAUGAAGCAGGCCGGCCUCAAAGCGGCCAUCAACUAUCAGGCAAUUAAUGUCAAGAACAUGUGGCUCAAGUACAAAAAGACUGAUGAAGAAGAGGCGAAAGAUGAGCCGGAAGAAGAGGCGGAAAGGGUUCCUCUCGCUGAUCCCUCUGAAGAGUUUUCCAGUCUAGUGAUUGAAGAGAUUCCGGCAGGGAAUUCAAUUGUUGCGGAGAUCAAAAAGGAAGUAGAGGCAGAAGGUCCACUGCAGCCAAAGUACAACUUCCCGUAA